UCUUGCUUAGUGUUUUGUCUUGAUGUCAGGCAGAAACUAUUCUCGCAGUUGGGAUGUGGUCCCACAUCUUAUGGCUACUGCUCUCUGGUUCCUUGGAUGCCAUCUUCUGAUCUCACUGGUCUUUUUCAUUCUUUUCUUUUUUUCUACAAACCAGAUUGUCGGUUAAAUUAUGCAUUCAGCUUCCUGCUCUCCACAUAUGCCUUUUGUUUCUGCCUCUGUAGGAUAUGCUGUCUUAAGUAACUGCUUUCUCUAUUUUCUUGUAUGUGGCUUGCUCAGAUUUCUUAUCACCAUCCCUUUUGAUUCACUUCAAUAAUGACUUUGGGGAUGCUCAUUUUUUUUUUUUAAGCCAUGGGGAUGCUCAUUUAGUAAACAAGAAACACAUAAAAUUUUGAGAAUAUUUUGAGAGAGACAUGGUGUGAUGGCUUUCUUUCUCAUCCUGAGGCAUCAAAUCUCUGGCUCUUCUUUUAUUUGUUCAAACCAACUUAGGACAUUUUAGAGUAAAGGUUUCAUAAACUGGGCAGGUAAUCCUGCAUCACAUAGGCAAUGAAAAGGACUAAUGGAUGAGAAUAGAAAGGUGAGGGUGGCUGAUAAAUUGUUAAAGUUUUUUCCACUUGGUUCCCUUGCUGUUGUGGCAUGUGCGGAUUCUCUUCAUAUUUUAGGUAAAAUUUAAAUGCCCCUUCUACCAUUACCAGCCACUAAUCAGUCUCAGAUAAGAAUAUAGAUAGAAAAUGAUUUAACAUAGGUGAUUGCAUAACAUAGGUAAAAUUUCUCUCUUAUGUGCCAAACUGAUGUUUUUCGUUGGCCUGGGAAGUAGUCUAACCUGGGUGGUAUUGGAAUGGAGAAAGCGAGCAGAGCUGGUUUUAUUCAUCUGGUUGAAAUUUACUGGGAUAGUUCAGACUUCAGAAUAUACAGAUGCCUUUAAUCUUGUGAGGGGUGGGCCUUUGAGGUCCUAGUAAACAACAACAAUGUUACAAAACCAGAGAGGGACAACUAGAGGAAGCCGAAGAAACAAAGAUGGCAAUCAUUACGAAAGCUAUCUAAAAGGACAACCCAAAAAAUUACACUGAGAAUCAAUCUAAUCAGCAUAGCAAACCACACCCACAAAACUCAAUCUCUCUCUCUCUCUAUUUGGGACCUCAAGAAUCCAUUUUUAUUUUCUUCUUAUUCUUGAAAGAUUGUGAUUUUCAGCGUCCUUUCAACAUCAAUAUGCAUGAUUACAGCACCUAACAGGAAAAAAGCUACAUAUAUCCAAAUGUUUAUAGUCUCAGAAACAGGCAAUCUUAAAACUGUGAGUGUACAAAAGAUAGCCAACUUUUUAUCCUUUUUUCCAGAAUACAGCAACCUAACCCAAUGAACAUUAUUUAACAUGUUAAGAGGUAUCCCUCUUGUGACGAGAGAGAGAGAGAGAGAGAGAGAGAGAAAGAGAUUCACAGGUUUUUGAGUUGAGAAAGUACUUUUGAGUCUCCCAACGAAAUGCAACUGUACGAACUAAAGCUGAAGGAUUGAUGCUUUUGCUUCUUGUUUUAUAGUCAGAGAAGCUAGGGGACCAUCUUUUUCUGUCAUUUUCUGCAUUUUUUUCUUGACCAAUUAACUUCCCUUCUUAGCAGAGGGCUAUGUUAUUAGCCUAUUAGGCAUUAUAGCUUUUGGCUGCUUAGUUUUAGACCAACACUGUUCAUAUCUCAGACAGAGAAAGGAGGUCUGUACUGUGAAUUCUUAGUGUAAACAGAGUUUAUGGACAACUGACUGCCACAGCCUCCAAGUUUCAGUUUCUUGAAUGCUUGAUGUAUGUUCUUGAGAGCCCAGUUCCUAGAGCCAUUGUUUUGCGAUGAAACCCACUAUCCUGCGUUCUGAUUUUUUCCUUGCUUUACAAUGUUUGACCAUUUAUGUUGCUUUGGGGUUUUAGUUUAUUAAUAGUUCUGAUAUGGUUAUAAUUCCUUCUCUUAACCUAUAAUCAUUUUUUUUUCUUUUUAUUGGUUACUAUGGUUUCACAAGAUUCACCACCAAAUUCAGCUUCUAGUCUGGUACAACAAUUCUUCAUCUCAGGUUCUGUAACUAGUCAAAACCAAUUUGAAAACCAGAAUUUCAAUGCUUACGGUUCAGAUUUAAGAGGCAGCCACAUGUUUCCCCAGUCUCUUGGAGUACUGCCUAGCGUACAUUCUCUUGGGGAAAGAAUGUCUAGGUCAAUAGACCUUGUCCAAUCUCCUUCAGUAGCACAAGAAUCUGAGAUUAGCCACACUAGACAUUUAAUGGAUCUUCUUGGAGCUGCAAAUGCUACAAAUCAUCAAGCUCAGGGGCCGUCAUUAUCUCUUGGUUCUCACAUGCUUGCUUCUCCAGUCCACUACAGGCAGAGAUCCAUUAAUUCAGAUCUCGUCAACCCCAGUUACCUAUUUCUUGGAGAGGAUACGAGGAAAGAUUGUAAUCCUGGAGCUGAACAAGUAAACGAUCACUGUUCUUUUACUGGUAAUGCAUUUGCUUUGUCAUCAACCACGCCUAGUGGAUCUUCUUCCACUUCUUAUGGAAAAGAAUCUUUUUCCAUUGAUAUUAAGAAUUCUAGAUAUUUAAAGCCUACUCAGCUCCUUUUACAAGAAAUUGUUAGUGUUGGUGGCAAGGCAGUUGGAAUUAACAAUGAAAAGUAUGUGGGAAAGUUAUUUCCUGGAGGCAGAAGAGGAGCUCUAGGACUUUCUUCUGAAUUAAAAGCAGAAUUAUGCUGUAAUGAGUUCGUACAAGCUGAUAGACAUGAUCUUCAGGUUAAAUUAGCAAAGCUUGUGGCAUUGCUCGAGGAGAUUGAGGGAAGAUACGAGAAAUACUACCAUCAAAUGGAACAAGUAGUAUCAUCAUUUGAGGAGAUAGCAGGUUUAGGGGCAGCCAAAUGUUAUAUUGCUCUAGCCCUACAAGCCAUGUCCAGGCACUUCUGCAAACUGACAGAUAACAUAGUGUCUCAAAUCAAUUCAACAAGAAGAAAACUUUCACAAGAUUUACCGAAAAUCAGUACUGGAUUGUCACGACUUAGCCUGUUCGAUGGAGGGACUGGACAUAAUCGAAUGUCUCUUCAACAGCUUGGAAUGAUCCAAAGCCAGAGGCAAGCAUGGAGACCCAUCAGAGGCUUGCCAGAGACCUCUGUGGCCAUCCUUCGCUCUUGGCUUUUUGAACACUUCUUGCAUCCGUAUCCUAAUGAUUCUGAGAAGCUAAUGCUGGCAUCACAGACAGGCUUGACCAAGAAUCAAGUUUCAAAUUGGUUCAUAAAUGCUCGAGUGCGGCUGUGGAAGCCUAUGAUAGAAGAAAUGUACAAAGAGGAGUUUGCAGACUCUUCUGAAGACUCAAAUACAUUAUUGGGUAGCAGUUCCAUGGCAAGAGAAGGCGUUGAAAACCAUUCAGAUGAUUGAUGGGAUUGUAGAAUAAUGAAAUGUAUGAUUUUCAGGAUUUAAUUAGUACCAAAAGCUCAAAUCCUGCUUGCUCCAAGUUUUCAAAGCAGCAUGCACAAAGGUUAUAUGUGCAUUCUCAUCAAGUUGUGCCUUGCCUAACAUGGUCUUAAAAGUUCAAGUCUAAGCUUGUAGCUCAAGAUAUCAGAAAUUCUGAAUUGAUGAUGCUUAAACUUUCCA